UGCUCUGCUCUGCUGGGUUUUGUCAGAGUAGAGGAACGUGCAGGAGACAGAAAUGGAGAGAACCCAGAUCUCCUCAAACAAGCCGUGAGUAUGGCCCUGGAAAAAGCCUAGCAAGAGCUUUUGGGCUGAGUGCUGGCUGGAAGCAACGUUUCAUUUUGCCUGUUAGGGAGACAGGGCACUGCACCAUCUUGGUAAGUCAAGACUUGUGUCUCAGCUACAUGACUGCAGCACCUACUUCCCCUAACAGAACCCAUCUCCUGGACCCUGAACUCAGACUUACCCCUAAGGUCAAAAUAUAUGUAACCCAGUGCUUGAUUAACCUGUGAAACUCAUUGCCAGGUAGAUCUGAGGCUGUCGGCUUUGAGGCUUAUUGCUGAGGUUUUGGAAAAAAAGAAUCCUUCCUCUGCAGGCAACGCGCUCCAGACUCGUCCACCACGCUUUUCCACCUCUUCCUCCUAAGCCCCUGUCACGGCAGGCAGGCGGGUGUCAAGCCCUCGGGCCAGGGCACUGGGAAAACAUUUCAGCUCCAGCACUGCCCCUGUGCGGAGCCGGCCGCGGGGGCGGACCUGGGCUGAGCCCGUCCGCAGGCUCCGCUGCUCCUGUGCUGGGACAAGCCCGGGUCUCGCUGAACAACGAGGAAGGGGCUGCUGGAAGUGUCAGAGACAACUUUAUUCUGCAUCUGAAAGCAGGUCUCCUACACCCUCAAUCCAGGGCAGAAUGACAGAGCAUGAGGACUUUGCCGGCCUGGCUGGCUUCUGGAACUCCUCGGACAGUCACCAGUUCAGCCCAGCCAGCGUCAUCGUACCUGUUGUCUUCUCCCUCAUCUUCCUCCUGGGCACGGUGGGCAACAGCCUGGUGCUGGCAGUGCUGCUGCGCAAUGGCCAGAUGGGUCACAACACCACCAACCUCUUCAUCCUCAACCUCAGUCUGGCCGAUUUUUUCUUCAUCAUUUUCUGCGUCCCCUUCCAGGCCACCAUCUACUCACUGGAGGGCUGGGUCUUCGGCUCCUUCAUGUGCAAAGCUGUCCACUUCUUCAUCUACCUCACCAUGUAUGCUAGCAGCUUCACCCUCGCUGCCGUCUCAGUGGACAGGUAUCUGGCCAUCCGCUACCCAUUGCGCUCUCGGGAGCUGCGAACCCCCUACAAUGCAGUGGCAGCCAUGGCUGUGAUCUGGGGUCUCUCAGUGGUCUUUGCUGGGCCAUACCUGAGUUAUUAUGAUCUGAUUGAGUGGGAGUCCAGCUACAUUUGUAUGCCUGGCUGGGAGGAGUGGAAGCGCAAGAUCAUGGACACCAGCACUUUUGCCUUUGGUUAUGUGAUCCCGGUGCUAAUAGUCAGUCUUUCAUACACCAGGACCAUCAAGUACCUGUGGACAGCCGUGGACCCCCUGGAAGACAUGUCUGAAUCCAAAAAGGCCAAGCGGAAGGUUACCAAGAUGAUAAUCAUUGUGACCAUCCUCUUCUGCCUGUGCUGGCUGCCCUACCAUGUGGUCAUCCUCCGCUACCUCUAUGGGGACUUCCCCUUCAACCAGGCCACCUAUGCCUUCCGGCUGCUCUCCCACUGCAUGGCCUAUGCCAACUCCUGCCUCAACCCCAUUGUCUAUGCCCUUGUGUCCAAGCACUUCCGCAAGGGCUUCAAGAAGGUAUUCAGCUGCCUCUUGAGGAAGAAGACCCGGAACAAGGUCCACGUUGUGCAUGCUGCCCACAUGGUGCCUGGCUUCGAUGCUGGCUCCACCGAGGUGUCCCAGAUGAAUGAGGAGAACAAUGGGCAGCAGAAUGGGUGUGAGCUGGAUCCAGCAUCCCUUGUGGUCCCAUCAGGCUCCUCCCGGCCUCUCCAUAUUUCCUAGUAGCCAGGCUCUUUCCUCAACCAACCACACUGUGCUGCCGAAAACAGGGAGACACAACCCCUUCUCUCUGGGUGUUGGAGAGCACAGAGAGGUCAUCGAGGUGCAGAGAGCCCCACAAUGGAAACCCAGGAAUCCUGCUUCUCCCCCUGGACUUGCCACUUCUCCUGUUGCAUCACAGAUGUGAUAUUCUCCCAAGCACAGAAACAAAGCCCCUGAGACAGCAUAAACCUGCACAUGCCCAUCCUAGAGGACAGACCUGGGCUCAUGCUUGCUCCACAGGCCAGGAGAACUAAAGCUUGCUGGACCCUGGAAAUUUGACUGCACCCUGGUUGGCUCCACACGCUCUGUACACCUUCCUUCCAAUCUCACUGUUCCCUGCCUUGCUGUGGCCUUAGUAGGCAGAUUUGCUGCCUUGCUGACAUGGUACAUCAUGGUACAUGUCUGUACCAUGGUACAUCAUGGUACAGACACCCAGGAGGCAGAUUUCCAACCUGCAGUAUAGAGAAGGGAGCACUGAAAGGCACCCUGCUCUAUUGCACCCUAAAGAAAAGCACAGCUCUGUGUCUUGUCCUUCAGCCAUGUGCACCCAUUUGGUACCACUGCAUUGGCCCCAGACUCCCUACUCCACCUGCAAUGUCAGGCAAGUACUUAUGCUUUAUACUUAUGGCUUUGGCUAGGUGCUCAUCUCACCCCACAAUCCCUGCCACUCACCCCAAGAGCCACACUGCCCACUCAGUGUUCACCCUGCAGGACCUGUUGUUGCAUCUUCACUGUUUGAGCUGGUGACCCCCAGGCAGCUCUGGGCAAGGAGUCAUCAUUCCCUAGCAUGGCUUUUCUUUGUCAGCUGCCAAUAUCCCCUACACCCACUGGGCAUGGCAGGGCAGCACUUGUAUUCAACAUACUAGGUGGGACCAUAAAGUGCAGGCAACACACCCCAUGGGACAGGGGAUUAGGCUGUUGGGAUUUCAGGGCACAGAACAGACAUCAGCAAGGGCAUGCAUCAGGCAAGCCAGCUUCUGUGACAUGCCUGCCACUAAAACCUGUCCACUAUCUUCAAAGCUGCCUCUGCAUACACUUCUGGUAUGCCACUGCCCCUGUGUAAGGAGCUCUUCCUUGUACAUGUGGAGAGCUGUGGUCUGUCUGGGAAUGAGGGAACUGUGUAUACUGUAGAGAUGUCUUUCCAACCUAGUGCAAAUAAAUAUGGUUUCCUGUCCUGAGCAGC